AUUAAUAGUGCCGACUUAUGACAACGAGUGGCAGCGGAGCAACGACCAGAGAGUCCAUGAGCACCGAGAGCCAGCCAGCACUGACCGUGUACAACGAUACCAGGCAGCAAGGACGCUUCACCGACACGCACUACUACAUGCAACCAACUGACACGCCAACACAAACAGCGAUCAUGCGAGCGUAUUCGAUCUGUCUUCUAAUAAUACAGAUAUGGAUAAUCAAUGGAGAAGGAGAAGAAAAACUACCAUUUGAAGUAGAGAGCUUCAAACACCCCAGAAUAUACUUCGAGGAAAUAGGAAAACUAAACAUAAUCGAGUCAUUCUGGAAAAUAGAUAUAAAAAUAGAUAUCUCACCAAUCGAAAAACAAGCAGAGCAAAUAGAAGAAUACAUUCUAAAAGCGCAAAACAUAUGCACUAUGUUACAAUUUAAAAACAAAGGGUCAUGCCAUAACUAUUAG